UGUUCUGCUCACUUCUCAUUACAUAUAGUACAUCGUCGCAUCUCUUGUGAGGACAAAGCUAGUCUGAACUCCGAACAUGCACAGACAGAUGAGGUCUUCGUUUCUGCUCUUGGCCUCUCUUGUCCUCCUCCUCCUGGCUACAAGAGCACAUGGGAUCAGGCCGGACAGAAAAUUACUUGAAGCAAUCAACAGCAAGCAGGACAUCAUGGGUGAUUCAAAGGCCGAGCUGCCGCACGAGACAUCUCGUUUGCUAAACAACCAGCGCUGCACAUCCGAUGAGCAUUGCAACUCAGGAAAGGCGAAAAGGCCACUGGUGCAGGCAGGCGCAGCAGCGGAGCAGAAGCAACCGCAGCAGCAUCAGAGCCCGGAGAGAUCAGACGAUGCCAAGCAGGAGGAGGAGGAGGCGUUGCGACAACCGGAGAAGAAGACGUCGCCGUCGUCGUCGACGACGUACCCUGACAUCCUCGACAUCGCCGGAAUGGACUACUCGCCGGCGACGAGAAAGCCGCCCAUCCACAACUGAGUGGCACGC